GUUUGAGGCUUUGAGCUAGAAAUUCGUGAUUUGAGUUUUGGUAUCACACCGUUUUAGUUCUAUGUUUGCAUUAAUUAUAAUUAUUUCUAACUGUUAGUCCAGUUGCAAACGGAAAAUCGUUAAAUAACUAGUCGAGUGAAGUCGUGUUGAAAGUAAAAAAAAAAUGAUUAUUUAUUAACGUUUUAGUUAUUUAAAGUUUCAAUUCACAACGUCAUUGUAUUAAUUUGUUAUUGGUACCUAUUGUUGUGUACCAAUAAAAUUGGUAGUAUAAUUUUUAUUGUAAAUUUGUACUGAACAAAUCACAACAAUGGUCGAGGCAAGUAAAUUAUGGUUUGAGAGCGCGUGUAGUGCGUCCGAUUGUCACACGUUAAUCCAUCCAUGGACAGCAAAAUGCAGCGAUGCAACUGCAUCCAUGUUACUAAGUUGUAUAAAAGGGAGCUAUAAGUUCUAUGCCAUGGUUUACUUGAUUCAAAUAUUAAUGAAAGGCAAGAAAUUAACUCAAAAAGAGGUCAUAGAGCAAUUUAAACUUUAUUUAAAGUCUGGCAUCUUUGGUCUCACAGUGGGAAGCUCCUUUGUUACUUUAAACUGUAUUUUCAGGAAGCUAUUCUUCAGUCAAUUCUCGUACUACACAACAGUGCUCCUACCAUGCACAAUCAGUGGACUUGCGGUUUAUUUCGAACCACCUUACAGAAGAGUUAUGGUCGUUAACUUGUUUGUUAACUUGGUAUUCGAAUACUGGAUACGCACAUUAGAAAUGAAAGGAUGGCUGCGGCGGUCAGCUGGACGCGAAACUCUCAUAUUCAUGUUGGGUAGUUCCCUCUUCUUCUAUCUUAUGAGGUUAGAAAGGGAGAACACUAAGAGGACACCAUUGUUUUGGUUUUUCACGCCGCCCAGAGUUUCCAAAGAGGUCGGUAAGCCCGUAGAUGGUAUUCAGGGCAGGAGUGAUGCCUGUCCGCAUAGAGGCCCCUGCAAGAAUUAUAUAUUAAAGGGAGCUGCACAACUUUUCGGCGUAGGAUGUUUAAUGACAAUGCUCCGCACGAUCCUGCCCAGGAUAUUGACUCCCACUAAAGCGCUGAAAUCGUUGAAAUUCUCCCACUUGAAGCUUGGCUUGUUCUUUGGUGGAUAUAUUGGUAUUUAUAGGUUGGUGGUGUGCAUCCUAUGUAGGGCUACGGGCAAAGACAGUGCUCUGUACGCGGCGCCGGCUGGCUUCUUAGCGGGGACUGCGUUUAGGGCUUCGCCCUCGCUGCCUAUAGCGCUCGCACCGAUCACAUCAUCAUUGCAGAUUUUAACCUCCUGGGCGUACCAAAAGGGCAUGAUCCCGGAACAAUGGCCACUCGUAGAACUACUAUACUGCGUGUGCCAAGGGCUGCUGUUCCACGCGCGCGUCAUGCACGAGGACGUGUGCCCGCGGUACAUCGUCAACUUGAUGCACACCGUCACCACUAACAAAGCGGACGAAAUCCAAGGUGCUUUUAUACAGAAAAUUUUGGCGUACAGCGCCAAUGCCAUUUGAGUAGUUAGUUAAGAUUAGUGCAAUUAUCACGAUUAGUCAUACAAAUUAAUAUAUUGUGCACGCGCCGUGCAAAACUGUGAUUUUAAGUUAUGAUGUUAAUUAGGGUUGGAUUUUUUAGGUAAUUAUGGUUUGAACGGUUCUCUUAUUGAAUCAUUCGACUGACGUCUAGAAUUUUUUAAUUACUUAUUUUUGUUUUGAGUAAAAAAAGUGAGUGACUAAAUUGUAAAUUGCAUUGAUAAACAAAUAGACUCAUGCCAGUGCCUUCAACAAUGCCCGAAUACCGUUGUAUACAAGUGAUAACUGCGUUAAAAAACCGACUUCAAACUUGCACUUGCAACAUUUACAAAUACAGAUAAAAGUGCUCAUAAAAUAAAAACUACUGGGCCUAUC